AACCAUUCACAUGCACUCAGUGUGGGAAGAGUUUCAGCCAAUCAUCUCACCUUAAUUAUCACAUGAUGAUCCACACUGGAGAGAAACCAUUCACAUGCAUUCAGUGUAGGAAGAGUUUUUACUUUUCAUCAAACCUUCAUCGACACAUGAGGAUCCACACUGGAGAGAAACCAUUCACAUGCAACCAGUGUGGGAAGAGUUUCAGCCAAAAAUCAAACCUUAAUCUACACAUGAGGAUCCACACUAGAAAGAAACCAUUCAAAUGCACUCAAUGUGGGAAGAGUUUCAACCGCUCAUCAGACCUUUAUAAACACAUGAGAAUCCACACUGGAGAGAAACCAUUCACAUGCACUCAGUGUGAGAAGAGUUUUAACUUUUCAUCAAACCUUCGUCGACACAUGAGGAGCCACACUGGAGAGAAACCAUUCACAUGCACUCAGUGUGGGAAGAGUUACAACCACAUAUCACACCUUAAUCAACACAUGAUGAUCCACACUGGAGAGAAACCAUUCAAAUGCACUCAGUGUGGGAAGAGUUUCAGCCAAUCAUCAUCCCUUAAUCAACACAUGAGAAUCCACACUGGAGAGAAACCAUUCCAAUGCACUCAGUGUAGGAAGAGUUUUAAAAUUUCAUCAAACCUUUAUAGACACAUGAGGAUCCACACUGGAGAGAAACCAUUCACAUGCCCUCAGUGUGGGAAGAGUUUCAGUCAAUCAUCACACCUUAAUAAACACAUCAUGAGCCACACUGGAGAGAAACCGUUCUGCGGAAAAAGCUUCUAUUCUACAGGAAACUUGGCAGUGCACAGAAGAAUUCACACUGGAGAGAGGCUCUACUCUUGCCCUCAGUGUGGAAAAAGUUACCGAACAUGCAGCGAUCUUAAGAUUCACAUGAGGAUCCACACUGGAGAGAAACCAUUCACAUGCACUCAAUGUGGGAAGAGUUUCAACCAAUCAUCAAACCUUAAUCACCACAUGAUGAUCCACACUGGAGCUAAACCAUUCACAUGCACUCAGUGUGGGAAGAGUUUCAACAGAUCAUCACACCUUAAUUAUCACAUGAUGAUCCACACUGGAGAGAAACCAUUCACAUGCACUCAAUGUGGCAAGAGUUUCAACCAAUCAUCAAACCUUAAUCUACACAUGAUGAUCCACACUGGAGAGAAACCAUUCACAUGCACUCAGUGUGGGAAGAGUUUCAACAGAUCAUCACACCUUAAUUAUCACAUGAUGAUCCACACUGGAGAGAAACCAUUCACAUGCACUCAGUGUGGGAAGAGUUUCAACAGAUCAUCACACCUUAUUUAUCACAUGAAGAUCCACACUGGAGAGAAACCAUUCACAUGCACUCAGUGUGGGAAGACUUUUAACUGCUCAUCACACCUUAAUCAACACAUGAAGAUCCACACUGGAGAGAAACCAUUCACAUGCACUCAGUGCGGGAAGAGUUUCAUCCAGUCAUCAUCCCUUAAUCAACACAUGAGGGUCCACACUGGAGAGAAACCAUUCACAUGCACUCAGUGUGGGAAGACUUUUAACUGCUCAUCACACCUUAAUCAACACAUAAAGAUCCACACAGGAGAGAAACCAUUCACAUGCUCUCAGUGCGGGAAGAGCUUCAGAAGAAGUUUUACCUGCUUAUCACACCUUAAUCAACACAUGAUGAUCCACACUGGAGAGAAACCAUUCACUUGCACUCAGUGUGGGAAGAGUUUCAGCCAAUCAUCAUCCCUUAAUCAACACAUGAGAAUUCACACUGGAGAGAAACCAUUCCAAUGCACUCAGUGUAGGAAGAGUUUUUACCGCUCAUUCUCCCUUAAUCAACACAUGAGGAUCCACACU